CGUGCUUGGUAGAGCGUGAUAUAUAUUGCACAGUGGCUAGUUGAAACAAAAUUAAUUUUUUAAGCAUAUUUAAGGUGAAAUUCCACUAAUUUAGCUCGACAAGAUUGAAAUGUUACAGUUUAGGUUGUCAUCUGUUCUGAAGGAGUUGAUUCAAACGAGCCUUAAGCGUCCGUUAUCAGAUAUCGCGAGGCAUAAAACGUCUUUAUUGAGUUCAUACUGCUUCAGUUCCGUCUGCCCUGAUGUCCGUGCCACAUCUAAACUGAAGUUUAUGAAUCCUGGAGGACUCCGACCUUUAUCACAAACAUCACUCUGGAAAAGACCCCUCUGUACAAAGACUGAAGGAGCGAUAAACCAGACCGAACCGCUUAAGAAAGAUGAUAUCCAAGAAGCCCCGGCAGACAAGAGAAGAAAGGCAGGUAUGAUGCCUAGCCUGGAAGACCUGCUCUUCUACACCAUUGCUGAAGGCCAGGAGAAGAUUCCCGCCCACAAAUUUAUAACAGCUCUAAAGUCCACUGGACUGAGAACAGGAGACCCCCGACUGAAGGAAUGUAUGGACAUGCUGAAAGUGACCCUCAAGUCCACAUCGGACGGGGUGAUGUUGGACCGACACCUGUUCAAGAAGUGCGUCCAGAGCAACAUAGUGCUGUUGACCCAAGCCUUCCGCAAGAAGUUUGUCAUCCCCGAUUUCAUGCCUUUUGCUGCCCACAUUGACAAACUUUAUGAGAAAGCCAAAAAUAUGUCUGGAGGUCAGGUUGCUGACUAUAUUCCUCAGCUUGCUAAGUUUAGCCCAGACCUGUGGGGUGUAGCCCUGUGCACAGUGGACGGACAAAGACACACAGUGGGUGACACUAAAGUGCCAUUGUGCCUGCAGUCAUGCGUAAAGCCUCUGAAGUACGCCAUCGCCGUGCAUGACCACGGCACGGAGUACGUGCACCGCUUUAUCGGCAAAGAGCCCAGCGGCUUACGUUUCAACAAGCUCUUCCUGGAUGAGGACGAUAAACCCCAUAAUCCAAUGGUGAACGCGGGUGCGAUUGUGUGUACCUCUCUGAUAAAGCAAAAGGUGAGCAACGCUGAGAAGUUUGACUACGUGAUGAACUUCCUUAAAGCGAUGUCGGGCAAUGAGUAUGUGGGUUUCAGCAAUGCCACGUUCCAGUCUGAGCGUGAGUCGGGUGACAGGAACUUUGCUAUUGGCUACUACCUGAAGGAAAAGAAGUGUUUUCCCGAGGGCACCGAUAUGACCUCCAUCCUGGACUUUUACUUUCAGCUGUGCUCCAUUGAGGUGACGUGUGAGAGUGCCAGUGUCAUGGCAGCCACCCUGGCUAAUGGCGGAUUCUGUCCAAUCACGGGCGAACGUGUGCUGAGUCCUGAGUCCGUGCGGGACACGCUGAGCCUGAUGCAUUCCUGUGGCAUGUAUGACUUCUCCGGCCAGUUCGCCUUCCAUGUGGGCCUGCCAGCUAAGUCAGGCGUGUCAGGGUGCAUCCUGCUGGUCGUGCCCAAUGUGAUGGGCAUCGUGUGCUGGUCUCCUCCACUGGAUAAACUGGGCAACAGCGUCCGUGGCAUCCAGUUCUGCACGGAUCUUGUGUCUUUAUUCAACUUCCACAAUUAUGACAACCUGCGGCACUUUGCCAAGAAGCUGGACCCUCGGCGGGAGGGCGGGGACCAGCGGGUGAAAUCUGUCAUCAAUCUCCUCUUUGCUGCCUACACCGGCGAUGUAUCCGCACUCAGAAGGUUUGCGCUGUCCUCUAUGGACAUGGAGCAGAGGGACUAUGACUCCAGGACAGCUCUGCAUGUGGCUGCUGCAGAGGGACAUAUAGAUGUUGUGCGAUUUCUCCUGGAGGCCUGCAAGAUGAACCCUGUUCCAAAGGACAGGUGGGGCAACACACCACUGGAUGAAGCCAGACACUUUGGCCACCAUGAGGUGGUAGCACUUCUCGAGGGGUACCUUAAUAAAUACAGUCCCUCAGAGAAAACUGCUGCAGAUAAAGAGAAAGCUGCCAAGAACCUGGAUGGGAUGCUGGAGACAUAGACCUACACACCAGGAGAGGGCACUGCUUAUGCACAUGCCCACAGAUUAUUUCCUGUUUUAAUGUCAGUGGGGUAUGUUGUUGUUAGAGUGAACCUACAAAUGUGCACUUUCUCAAAAAAAAAAAAAAAAUUAUAUAUAUAUAUAAUUUUUUUUUUUUGCUUUGCUUUUAAGAAGUUUCAUAUAUUCAUGUGUAAGUUUUUUUUGUGUGCAUUCUCUGUUUGUGAGAAAGUAUCUCUAUAUGAAUCUAUGAAAAACUAUUAUACAGAUGCCAUAGAUAUACAAUUUAUAGUUAUAUCAGUGGUGUAUAGCUAUUGUCUUUUAAAGUGGUUGAUUGGCAGGUGUCAAGAAAGUGUUAUAAAUGAAAAGCACUAUAAUCCCAGGGGCAGUGCUGUUUCUCUACAUUUAGGGUCCAUAAACACCCUCUUCUCACACCCCAUAUGAUCUUAAGUAAUCAAAAAUAAUAAUAAUACUAAACCUUUAAGAAUAAUGAAGUGUAAAGUUUCAUAAAUGUAACUAUAAUCAAAAAAAUACAAAACUGUACUGGGAAACAUAAAAAAUUAAACUGGUAUAAAAAUAAAUAAAUAAAUAAUACAUUACAAAAUUUAAUUCCAAUGUUAAUGUGCAUCCUCCACUUCAAAAUUUUUAAAGCAAAGGUAGAUAAUUUCUUAAGAUAUUUUUUCUGCCAGUAUUCUGAUUCACACUUAUACCGCUCUGUUCAAAUGUUCCUGCCACGUUGUGGACCUGAGACCGGAGUUCUGAGGUGGCAGGCACAGGCAGGGUACAUGCAAUUUGAAGUUCAGUCCAGAGAUUUUGGGGUAGGCUUGCUGGAUCAUCUUGGAUGAAAGUAAAAAGCUCCAGUGUAAACCAGUGUUAUGUGAUGGUGAGGAUGGUAGAUUUCUGCUUUCAUAAACCAGUUCUUUUCCAUCAGUGUCACUCUCAGAGCUUUACAGAGCACACCAUAUUUGUUGGCUACUGUCUCAGUCUCCAUGUUGGUGAAACUUAGCUUUGACAUCUCCCACUGCUUUGAAUCUUCAGUGGACUGGAUUUCACAGCAAGUGCAUCUGCAACUGGCUCAUUUGGAGCUUCAUAGGCAAAAUGUGGUCGAGUUGACCUAAACCUCUUGUGCUGUAAUAGAGCCACACAUUCAUCUUGUUAUACACUUUAGCCAAACUUUGUUCUGCAGCAAAGCCUGUAUUUUUCGAGUUCUGCCUUUGUUUUUAUCAGCAUAUCAAGAGCCACAUCUACUUGCAUUUUGGGAGCUUGCUCACAUUAUGCACCUGUUGAAGAAUGUUAAAGGAAAAAGUGCAAAUCACAGUGCAAAUCUGCAACCAAAAGGAAAUCUCAGUGCAAAUCUGGAACCUAGUCUCCCCUGCCAGUAACUGGGCCUCAACCCAUGCAGGGGCAUCUGUGGCUUUGUCCCUGACCUCUACGAGUGCCUCGUGGACCUUUGGACUUUGGUACCCAGCCUUCUCUUAUCCCUGGUCUCACUCCAUGCCUUCAGGGUUAUGUCUGUCAGAAUCCAACACCUCUAUAGUGCUGCUGAGAACAUGUUGAAAAGUUUCUACACAUUAGCAAAAUAACCGUAGGCAUCUACAGAUGAUUUUGCUUCAUCGGCCAGAGCAGGGAACAUACAAGGUGCAGCGAUUUUUAAAAAUUAUUUAUUUUUCCCCAGUAGCCCUGCCUGAAAACCUAUUUUUUCCUUUAAUCUUUGCUCCAUUUUCAGGUGGUUAUUCCCUGCAAUAUUCAAGUAGGACAUUCUAUUCCUCUUUUCAGUUUCACAAAAUAUUAAGACAAUGCAAGAGCCACCAUUUGUGAAACUGAAAGAAAUUGAAGAAAAUACUCUUGAACUUUUGGCAUUUCUUCCAUUUUCACAGAUCUGAUAAUGAGUGACAUCCGCUGUCUAUGGUACAGUUUAAGUUGAGAGAAGACUUUUCUGACUUUUGAACCUCUGUCACCACAGUAUGCAGUAUUUUUGCACUGAUGGGACCAAUCAUUUCAUUUUGAAUAAUGUUGCCAUGGUUAGCAGAAAUACUGACCUGUCCACUAUGAACUUUAUCAAUAUGUGGCUUUAUCACUGGGUCAAAUGCAGCAGGAGGGUCAACCUCCUUUUGGAAAUUCCUGUUGUCUGAACCUUCAAGGAAAGGUUAAUCUCUGCUAAUGAUUGGACAAUGCCAGUCAUCCUCAUGAUCACAUCUUGCCAAUGCUCUUUUGCUAUCUCUUAAAGAUGGCCCAUCAUGAAAAGUACCUGGAUCUGAUGGUGUUUGAGGGGAGGACAGGUAGCUCGAAGGUUUUUCUCCAUUAUGAUCCCUAUAAACCUGAGGUUACUUGGACAUACAGAAUGCUUCCUUUAAUGCUGCUUCCUUUGAGUGUUUAUUCUGCCCUUUGUUUCAUGUUAUUUCAGUAAGUCAAAAUAAGCACUCUUGUUAACAGUAAAAAAAAAAAGUGCUUUAAGUGGCUCUUUCUGUGUAUACAUUUUUUUCUGCUUUUGUGUAUCUUGAAUGCAAACUAGCUAGCUAGUUAUGUAUUUAUGGCUGCUUAUACAUAGUAUGCUUAUAUAUAGCUAGAAACAGCCCUGCCCACUGGGAUCAAUUAUCGAGUGAUGUGAUACAGUGCGCCGCAUUUAGUAACUUAAUAGACUUACCUGUCGCUUCACAUAAGACAAAGUUAGCCUUGACUUCAGAAUCCUGUGCAGGCUAGAAGUGUGGGCAAUCAUUAUUUAUGUGGUCAGUCAAUAGAGCGUAGUCAUAACAUGGACUAUGGAGACAGCACCCAGGCAGAUGAACAAGCACACAUAUGGAAAAAGUGAACUAAAGACAAGCAACAGGUCAGAUUCCAAAUAUGCCAGAGAAUGUGUGUGUGUGUGUGUGUGUGUGUGUGUGUGUGUGUGUGUGU